AUGGGAGACUUGGCACUGUUGUCAAUCCCACAGCUCGAGGAAAGUAUCAAAUUAUCAACAGAGCAAUUGGAGUCUCUCGGGACUCAGCAUGUGGAUCACGCUUAUCUGCUUUCUAAACUGAGUGAUUUAUGGCUCCAUAAAUCCCGAAAGACAAUGCAAGAGUCCGACCUCGAUCAAGCAAUCCAAGUCGGUCGUCAUGCAGUUGAUGCCAUGCUGCCAACAGAGCCGAACCCCGCAAAUAUUUUUGAAAGCCUCGACACCUUGCUUUUCAGGAGAUUCAAGAUUGUUGGCAAUAGAGCUGAUCUCGAAGAAGCCGAAAAACUCAUGAGGCAGGCUCUCAAUGCAUCAAAGAUCCAUAGUGCGCAGUGGGUAAACAGACGGGACAAUUUGAAUUUACUUCUACUUGAGAGAUUCAGGUAUUUAAGGGACAUGCGAGCUCUUGAUGAGGUCAUUGAGACUUCGCAGCUACUACUCGACCUGAGAACUGAAGGCAAAUGCAACCUUCCGAUCAUCAAAACGCGUCAGGCUCGAUCGGCAGCUCUUUGUGCACGAGCCAAAGUCAAAGGAUCUAUCAGCGAGUUGAGGGAAGGCAUCGCAGAGGGUUAUCGAGCUCUUGAUGCUUGUAGCCCGUCAGACCCAGGUUACGGCAGUGUUGCUAGUAGCCUACCUGCGGCGGUUAUGCACCAUUAUGAAAGCACUCAGCUGCUAGAUGUUCUUAAUGAGGUAAUGAGAUUAUCACAGCACGCUCUUGAAACUGUACCUGAAGAUGAUGACUACCGUCCGUCCAUCAUCUUGAACCAUGGUGUGUUCCUCUUUCAUUACUCGGAGCGAGUGCGCAAUUCUGAUCCAAAACUCUCCCUGGAAUACAUGGAACAGGCCAUUACUAUGGCCAACGAGGCUAUCGACAUCACUCCGAGUGACUGGAGCAAGUAUAACUUGGUAAACAUGCUCGAUUGCCUGUGUGCAUGGCUGGGUUUGAAAGUCAAGCUGACUGGCGAUGUCCUAUCAGGGCAAGCCGGAGUGCAAAUUGCUGAGGAGGCGCUGCAAAUCAUGCCUGUUGAAUAUCGGGAGAGACCGACAGUACUCAACAAUCUAGUGUGUACGCUUGAUGCUCUUUUUGGCGCAUUCCAGCACACAGAUCGUGACAAAGCUCUAGAGUAUCUGAAACGGGCAGUUCAAGUUGGAACAUCUGCAGUUAGUGAGGGUGAUGAAGCUGACCCUCGGUAUGCUGAAAGAAUGCUCAACCUUGCGGCAAUGCACGCCAAACUAUCUCUACUGAAUGAUGAUGAUGAAGACGAGUUUCAAAAAGCAAAAGGACUUUGGCUUUCCGCUGCAGGUUGCAGUUCUGCCCUACCUGUAGUUCGCGUUUCGGCCAGCUUGAAGGCAGGACAAGCUUCUUUCGCUGACGAUGACUUUGACACCUCAUAUGCUGUGCUGUCAUCAGCUGUACAUCUCCUGCCAAGGAUUAGUCCUCGCUGGGUCUCUUCUGCAGACCAGCAACAUUUACUCUCACAAGGCUCUGGUAUCGCUGGUCUUGCGGCCGCUGCUGCCGUCCAAUUAGACAAAGACCCAUAUGAAGCGCUCAAAAGACUUGAAACUGGUCGCUGCGUUGUAGCUGGAUUGACUAUGAACGUGAAGGAUGAUGUCUCCGAGCUCAAAGUAGCUCAUCCACAGCUCUGCGAGAGAUAUGAUGACCUCCGCCAAUCUUUCUCUCGUGGCCCACAAGCAGCAUAUGCAAACUUUUUGAGUCAAGAAAACAACUUUUCCCAAGUCAAUGACGACAUGAACAGGGUCGAGAACGAAAUCCGAAGGCAAGUAGGGUUCGAGAACUUCCAACUUCCACUCUCGGCAGGUGAAAUGCAGAGUCUUGCGAAAAGUGGGCCCAUCAUUGUAUUCAAUGUUGUGCAUUACCGAAGCGAUGCCUUCAUAGUUACAAGUCAGGAUAUCGUCUCAAUCCAGCUUUCAGAUCUUAAGUAUGAGGAUCUUGAAAAGAAUAUAGAGGCAAUGAAAGACCUCGGCUUCGGCACCAGAAGGCGAGACAUAGUCCUCGUAGAGCCUAUCCAACCACAGCAAAAUAUCAAGUCCAUCCUCCAAUGGCUAUGGGAUGUCGCCGUCAAGCCGGUCCUUGACAAAACGACCUUGACCGAGUCAAAGAGGAUUUGGUGGAUGACAAACGGUCUCAUGGCACUGGCCCCACUGCACGCCGCUGGCAACCACGCAAAAGGCUCGCGAGACAACACACUUAGCCACGUCAUCAGCUCCUAUAUAUCCUCUUUCAAAGCCCUAGCCUAUGCUCGUAAGAAACCUAUCCCCGUUUCUCCCCCUCCCGCACAAAGAUUCCUCCUCCUCGCAAUGGCAAACACACCAGGCCACUUACCUCUCAAAGUCGAAGCCGAAGAGAAAAUCCUCAAUCACCACUUCGGCGCUCAACUAACCGCAAAACCACAACCCACCACCUCCGAAGUCCUUGCUCUCCUCCCCCACUACCCCAUCAUCCACCUCGCCUGUCACGGCCACCUAUUUCCUCGCUCCCCUUCCUCCAGCGGCCUCAUCUUCAUGUCCCCCUCACUCCAAUCCCCUUCCACCACAGCCAUUCUUCCCAUCUCUGCCAUUGAAAAGCUCUCUCCCCCUACUACCUCCCUCUCCACCUCCUCCUCCUCCCCCUCCUCAAGUUUCGAACUCGCAUUCCUCUCGGCCUGCUCCACGGCCGAACUCUCCUUCGGGCGUCACAUCGACGAAGCGAUCAAUCUCGCCAACUGCUUCCAAGUGCUCGGGUUUAGGCAUGUGAUUGGCACCAUAUGGAGUGCCAGUGACGCGAGCGCGGGGGUGAUUGCAACGAAAUUCUAUGGGCGGUUGAGCAGGCAGAUUGAGGAGGGGAGGGGGAAGGGGGAGUUGGAUGUGGCAGGGGCGUUGCAUGAGGCUGUGACGGAGUAUAAGGUGGACUGGAAAGGGGAAGAUUGGGAGGGAGCGCUACAUUGGGGGCCGUGGAUUCAUGUGGGGGUGUGA